ACUGGAUCACAUGACACAAUUACCUCAAGAAUCGAUCAAGAUGAAUUGCACGUCAGCUUACGUUUCCGACUUUUUUCCCCUCUCGGGUCCUGUCCACACGCCUAUAGUGCAAUAGAUGGACAAAGUUUAACACACUCAACACUGCUACUCACAAAGCGAGAAGAAGAAAUGACGGAGUAUGAUGAUCGCAGCAACUGUGCGUCAAAUAUGUAUUUGCCGAGUUGCACCUAUUAUGUAUCAGCGCCCGAUUUUUCGUCUGUCUCUUCGUUUUUACCUCAGACUACAUCAUGUCAAAUCAAUUUUCCUUAUUCUUCUAAUAUCACACAAGUGCAACCUGUUCGAGAAGUUCCUUUCAGAGACUAUGCUCUGGAUCAUCCAACUAAAUGGCCUUACACUAGCAGUUUCGCUUCCUACUAUUCAGCGGACGAGAUAAUGCAUAGAGAUCUACUGCAGUCGCCGAGCAGGACGGAAAUGAUAUUCAAAAAUGACUCCGUCUACAGCCAUCACGGCAGCUCAAAUCCUUCAGGUAAUUUGUUCACCAGUGUUGGCAGAAAUGGAAUUCUUCCUCAAGGGUUUGAUCAGUUUUUCGAGACUGGAAAUACUCAUCCCGAGAAGUCCAACUCCGACCACUUCAAACAAAAAACAGAGCCCAGUUUCCCCGGAGAUGCUGGGAGCAACAGACUGACUUCGGAGAGUUCACAGCAGAAGAAACAGGAUCCAGCUGAAAACAUCGAGGACGAUUCCUCUUCAUCUAACUGCGCGGAGGAGAAAAACAUCGCCUCAAGUUCUUUGAAGUCGAGAAAGAAACGAUGUCCAUAUUCCAAAUACCAGAUUCGAGAACUUGAACGAGAGUUCUUUUUCAACGUGUACAUUAACAAAGAAAAGCGCCUGCAGCUGUCCAGAAUGUUAAACCUAACAGAUCGACAAGUGAAAAUCUGGUUCCAGAACCGAAGAAUGAAAGAAAAAAAGCUCAACAGGGAUCGGUUACAGUAUUUCACUGGAAACCCUUUAUUCUGACAAUUUGAACCCUGAUGAAAGCGCACAUACUGCCUGCACCUCCAAAAAUGGGAUUGGUUUUAUUUGUUGCGGUAUCCUAAAUACAGGAUUUUAAGAACACGACCUUUUAACUCAGCUAAGUACUUUGAAAAUUAAAACCUGACUUAAUUCUAUUUCCUAUGCAAACCUCAGAGCGUGUGGUACGAGCAGGUUAACACUUUUACCUCGAGACGGAAGCGGAUUCAUUACCCAGAUUUUAAUUUAAUUGAUUCUGAAUUUCUCUCAAGCAAACAAUUAAGUAAUGACAAUCCACGUGUUAUGUCUUUGAUAAAAAGCUGGUGAACGCCGGUCUUUGUAUUAUUGUUGUGUAUUCUGUUUUCUAUUUAUUUUAUCGAUUUAUUUCAUUGACCAUCUUGCAACAAGAGACAUUUAUGUUCAUGGCAAUGCCCAGUGUGUACUUUUAUUAUGGUAUGUAAACAUUUAUUUCAUUGACGCAUGUGACUUGUACAAAAUUAUUAAAAUAAAGUUUA